UCGCUAUUAAUCAUUUCCUGCUGUAAGAAGUGUUUACAAAUAAUAUCCGUACACGUUUGUUGGUGAAAAUAAGAUACGGUGUUGGCUACUCGAGGCAUCUAAUUUUGAAUAAUUUCAAGAUAAAUUAUAGUAACGAAGCGAUGGAAAGUAGACAGGAUUUAGUUAGUAUUAAAGAGGAGCCUUGUGACAAUUGGGAAGAUGUUGCCAACGAGAGUGUCGAUCUGGGGGUCUCGGUCAAAACCGAAUACUCUGAUGAAUCAUCGGCAAAUCCAACCAGUGACUGUAUUUCGUCGCAGCAGAAGAAAGAUGAGGAUAUUCUGAUAGAAUGCGAGAGCGUAUUGGUAAAACAUGAACCUAAGCCCUCAUUGACGACCAUUUACCAAGCUAAGAAUAUAAAGGAAGAAAAUCCAGCAAAUGACUUGAACAGUAAAAGGCUUACAAUUUUAAAUAAAAAAGGAUCCGAUUGCGAUAAUAACAGUCCAUUUACGAUUGGAGAAGAAUCGAGUUUAACAAGACAAAUAGAAACGACGAAUAAGGACGAUGGAUCACAUGAAUUAGAAAUUUGCAAAGCCGAAAACUCUGAUGAAUUAUCGGCGAAUGAAUCAUUGGCAAAUCCCACCAAUGACUGUAUUUCGUCGCAGCAGAAGAAAGAUGAGGAUAUUUUGAUAGAUUGUGAGAGCGUAUUGGUAAAACUUGAACCUGAGCCCUCAUUGACGACCAUCUACCAAGCUACGGAUGUAAAGGAAGAAAAUCCAGCAAAAGACUUUAAUAGAAAGAAGCUUAUAAUUUUAAUUAAAAAAGGAUUCAAUUACGAUAGUAAUCGUAAAUUUACCAGAGAAGAAGCGACUUCAACGAGACAAAUGGAAACGACACACAAGGGCAGUAGACCACUUGAAUGUGAAAUUUGUCACAAAUCGUUUAGAUACCCAUAUAUGCUUGAAGGGCACGUGAAUCAAGUACAUGAAAAAAACAAACCCUUCCAGUGUGACAUUUGUCACAAAUCAUUUGGACGAAGAGAUUCCUUCCAAACUCACAUAAAUAUAACAACCAUUGUCAUGAACAAUAAAGCUUUUUAA